AUUCAUACGCAUGCGCAUAUUGGGACACACGUGGUAAUGGUCAUAACAAAAACAGGAAUACAACUUUAAUGGCACACCCUGUGAAGAAACAGCUCUCUAAAAAUCUUGCAGAAAUGAAGUUUAUGCAGAAAGGAUUGAGCACUGACGGUACUCAGGUUGGUGAAUCCCAUGAUUCAUCAUCUAUGGGAGCACUAAUCAAGAAAUGGGUUGUUCCUGAUGUCCCAGUAGUGGAUGAUGUGACCAACAAAAUGAAGUCCACUAACAGUUUUAUCCAAUGUGAAGAGCUGAAUAGAUUGGGCAGGUUCUCGUACAACAAGUUCAACAAAGAAAUUGAGAGGCUGAGUGAGCGUUAUGCCAGGCAGGGAGGGUUGUUAAACGAGGAGAGCAGUGAAGAUGAAGAGGAGGCUACAGUGUCAGUGCAGGAAAUGGUCAGACGGUACGAAGACAACACCUCAAAAAAGUCGUUAGGCAAGCAUGGGCGAUUGUACGAGGACAACUUUGAUGGAUCAGAAAGACAUAGACUGUUAAAAAAGCGUAUUAGUAAAAUGGACAAAGAUGGUUUUAUUAGACCUAGCUAGUAACUGCAUGGUGUAUUCUCGUGUAUGUUUCAGUAUCAUAUCUUCCUGGUGUUAAAACUAAAUAUUAUUAUUUUCAACGAAUA